UGCUGGGAUCAAACCCAUCACCUUAUGUGUGACAGGCAAGUGCUGCUCCGCUGAGCUGCGUCCCCAGCCCUCUGCCUGGAACUUCCUUUGCCGGCUCCAGUGGAGGAUGUUCGCAGCUCCCUCCUCCUAUAUAGCACUGCUGCAUCUACCUUUCACCAGCCUCCAUGAAACUUCAUCCCACAAUUUGGACUUAUGCACAUUAAGCAUUCCCAGAUGUUUGAGAAAUAACGACAACGUAUACAAGGAUGGAGAUGUGGUGGUUGGCGGGUUCUUUCCACUUUCCACAUUUCAGUACAAGCUGGACAACGAAUUGACAGGCGAGUCCAUUUAUUUCCUGCGGUUGCAACCCAAGAACUACCAGUAUGUCCUGGCAUUGGUUUUUGCCAUUGAGGAGAUCAACAGGAACCCCCAUCUUUUACCCAACAUGUCUCUGGGAUAUGAGUUUCAUAAUGUCGUGCACAACCAUCGGUUGACCAUGAAGAGCACCCUCAUUUGGGUCACAGGGCUGGGAAUGGCCAUCCCUAAUUACACCUAUAGGAAAGAAAGCAAGUCAGUUGCAUUACUUACAGGAACACUAUGGACAUCUUCUGCCCAAGUUGGGACCCUGUUGGAGCUCUACAAAUUUCCACAGCUCACCUUUGGGCCUUUUGAACCCAUCCUGAGUGAAAAUGGCCAGUCCUUCUAUCAGAUGGCCCCCAAGGACACAUCUCUGGCCCUUGGCAUGGUGUCCUUGAUGGUUCAUUUCAGCUGGAACUGGGUGGGACUGGUCAUCUCAGAGGAUGAGAAAGGCAUCCGUUUUCUCUCAGACUUGAGAGGCGAGAUGGACAGGAAUGGAGUCUGCAUGGCCUUUGUGAAUAUGAUCCCAUCCAGUGUGUCAUUAUACCUAAAAAGGCCUUACUUGUAUUAUAACCGGUUAAUGACUUCAACAGCAAAUGUUGUUAUCAUUUUUGGUGAUAUGGACUCUUCCCUGAGCAUGAGCUUUAGAACGUGGGACUAUCUGGACACUUGGAAAAUCUGGGUCACCACCUCCCAAUUGGAUGUAACGACAAGUGAGAGCCAUUUCAUCCUGGACCCAUUCCAUGGCGCACUCAUUUUUUCUCAACACCAUGGGGAGAUUUCUGGUUUGAAACAUUUUAUCCAGACAGCGAAUCCUGCCAAAUACCCAGAGGACACAUACCUUGCUAGGUUGUGGUGGAUGCAUUUUAACUGCUCAGUCUCAAAGUCUGAAUGUAAAACAUUGGAGAGCUGUUCUUCCAAAGGCUCCUUGGCAUGGUUACCACGGCACCAUUUUGACAUGGCCGUGAGUGACGGGAGUUACAACAUAUACAAUGCUGUCUAUGCC